AUGGGAAAGCAUUGGAGAAGGAAAAAUAGAGGAGGAAACAAGGGACAGUUGGGUGUCCGUCGCCGGGGAAGAUCCGACUAUACUGAAAUAGUUAAGGAAAACGAGCAGUGGGAAAAGUACUACAAAUCACAGAAUAUGUUAGGAUCAGAUGACGAAUUUUUAAAAAUGAAAAAAACAUUCCAGGACCCUUUGCCGCUUACAUUUAGAAUUACUGGAUCCUCAAGUCAUGUGAAGGAUGUGUCCAAGUUCUUUGCCCAAAAGAUUGUUCCACAGAUGGAAAAAGCUGAGAAUAGUGAUGAAUCCAAAGAGCACAAGCCACCUUUCCCUUUGAAGUGGUAUCCAGGACAGUUAGCAUUUCAGAUAGAUCUCCCUAAGCGGGUGAUCAAGAAAGAUCCCGUGUAUGCUGCUGUGCAAGAAUUUUUGGUGGCUGAAAAUGAGGUUGGAAACAUUUCUAGACAAGAAGCAGUUUCCAUGGUUCCACCAUUAUUUUUGGACGUUAAGCCAGAGCAUUAUGUGUUGGAUAUGUGUGCUGCACCUGGCUCAAAAACUGCUCAAUUGAUUGAAGCUUUGCAUACAACGGAGAAUGAUGAGUUGCCUAAGGGUUUUGUUAUGGCAAAUGAUUCCGAUUACAAGAGAUCGUACAUGUUGGUUCAUCAGAUCAAGAGACUCAAUUCUCCAAAUUAUCUGGUGGUUAAUCACGAUGCACAGAUGUUUCCUAAGAUCAGACUCGAGGAAAAUGGGCCCUACAUUAAAUUCGACCGUAUUCUUUGCGAUGUUCCUUGCUCUGGAGAUGGAACUUUUAGGAAAAACAUUAUGAUUUGGAGAGAAUGGUGUAUUGGAAAUGGCCUCGGACUUCACAGAUUACAACUUAAUAUUCUUCUUCGAGGAAUCCAACUUCUGAAAGAGGGUGGACGGCUUGUCUAUUCGACCUGUUCGUUAAAUCCUAUUGAGGAUGAAGCUGUUGUUACAGCAGCUUUGAAAAAAAUGGGUGGUCAGGUUCGGACAGUUGACUGCAGUUCAGAGCUUCCUAACUUAAUUAGAAAAGGUGGCUUAACGCAUUGGAAGGUUUACAAUAAGAAGUUUGAGCUUCAAGAUCCAGACAACUUUGAAUCUUCAGAGGUUCCAGCCACUGCUUUCCCUCCAAAGGAAGACGAGAUUAAAGAUCUUCACCUAGAGAAUUGUGUGCGUGUUUAUCCACACUAUCAGAAUACCGGCGGUUUCUUUAUCACUGUUUUUGAGAAGCCUGUUAAGGAGAAGAAUACAGAGCUAAGAAAGCAUCCAAGAGAUGGUGAAGAGGAAGCAGACAAUACUUUGGCUUCUAAAAAGCAGAAAACUGAAAUUGCAGAUGAUUCUAGCGAUGAAUCUGCAACGGUUGUUCCUGUAAUUGCUCCUACUCCUGCGAAGAAAACAAAGUUACCAUUUGAUGCAAAUGAGGAACCAUUCUCAUAUGUUGAUGAGGAUAAUAAGGAUCUUCAGAAGUGCUGGGACUUCUAUGAAAUUGGCAAAAGCUUCCCUAGGGACUGUUCAAUGGUCAGAAAUGCCACUGGAGAGCCAAUGAGAUCAAUAUAUUUCACUUCCCCGGUUGUCAAGCAGAUUAUCCAACAUAACGAAGAAAAACUCAAGUUGAUUUAUUCAGGUGUCAAAAUGUUCGUGUAUCAGAAGAACUACGUGUGUCCAUGGAGGAUUCAGAAUGAUUCUGUCGAUAUCCUUAAAAACUACCUUCCAAACACAAGAGAGAUAUCUGGUAAUAUGAGCGUGUUCAAAAUUUUGCUUGAGCAGGAUUAUCCAUCUGUAGAUGUUAUAAAGGAUGAGAAUGCAGAUCCUCAAUUUGUUACAGAAAUUGAAAAAGCUCCAGAAGGCUCAUGCUUCCUUAAUAUAAGAAAAGAUGGUGGCCAAGAGAAGUUACUUCUUCCAAUGUGGAAGGGAAAAGUUCGUGUUAAUCUGAUGGUCGAUAAGCAUGAGAAAGCUGAACUUUUAUACAGAUUCUUUGGAAUCAAUAAGAAUGAGCAGGAUAAAAAGAAAAAACAGGCUGAUGAGGAGCAAGCAAAUAAGAAAAUAAGAGAGGCAGAAAAAAAGAAGGAAAAUAAUGAUGACAAGGCUAUCGAUGCUUGA